AUGGACGACCUUAGGCCGGGUGUGUGGGGCAGCAUGGACGCGCCUUGGGAUAUAGAUCCCGUCGACGCUGCCCGGGUCGAGGUUCGGCCGAUGUCCCCUCCCUUUCCCUCACCAAAAUCCCUUCUCCAACCUCCUCUCAGAAUAGAGGAAUGGCCUGAAGCCAUUCGCCAGGUGCAGUAUCGAUUCCGGCCUGAUGCCAGGUGCACUCACGAUAUGACCCUUCGAUACUACGCGAAAGGAAGCGGCCUUAUCUGUGAUAACUGCGGGAGCUCCGAGCGCUUCCUUUAUGAAUUUAUCGCAGACACGCCCGACUUCUUGACAUUCGACCCCGAGAUACCCCCUCAAGGAAUCAAAAUCCUCGAGCCCUGGAUACAAAAGGCAAUUACUGAGGGGCAGUACACAGCCAACCAAAUCAAAAACCUCGUCAGCGCCAAGAUGAAGGUUCUGGUCACUGCUGCCCUGCAACGCAACUACAUUACCCGACGCAGAAAAGAAUUUUGCAUCAAACAGACUGAGGAUCAACAAUCUGUACGUGAGUGGGUGUUCACCUCACGUCACCUACAAGCAGCCACCGGCAAGCGAGGCAAAAACCAGUUAUUGAUUACAGCCGCAUGCCAUGCCAAGUCCGAGCAUGCGCUGUAUGUCGACCUGGCUGGGCCCAGCGAGCUCGCAAGAGCAUCAACGCUAUGGUCAACGAGCCGUACAGAUCCCCUCCCUCGAUCCCGGAACUGCUCAACCGACCUGUGGUACGAGUCGCCGUCGCCACCAACCUCCCCGCGCAGGACAUAG